AUAAUCCUCACGGACCCAUUACAAGUUAUCUACAUUUCCACAUCUACUAGUUACAACUACAUUCAACAAUUCAACAAAAUGUUCGGUUUCUUGAGAAAAAAGUCUGAUGAGCCAGCUCCUGAUUCCUUCUUUGGUGCCUACACACUGCUCGACAAACUGGGACAAGGAGGGUACGGAACUGUGUUUAUUUGCGAGAAUAACACAACUGGAGCACUGCACGCUGUCAAGAUAGUUCACGACAGGAAAUACAGCCGGAAGUCCUGGUGCCCCCGCAGACAAAUGGACAUGCCUGACGAGAUCCUCCUCUGGGAGAAAGCUGACCAUCCCUCUAUCGUGCAGCUGUGUGACCUGUUCCUGGAACAAGACUUCUGGAUGUCCGUGAUGGAGUACGAUCCUGAAUACCUGGACUUGUUUAAAGUGCUGAUGAAAUCUGGUCCUAUGAAUUCAGCAGUUACACGAGUUAUUAUCAGACAAGUCAUUCAAGUGAGCACAUACCUUCACUCAGUCGGUGUGGAUCAUAGAGACAUAAAGGACGAGAACAUUCUAUACAACCCUAGAACAGGACACAUCAAACUCAUAGACUUUGGAUCAGCUUCAGCCAUCACGGACAAGUGUACAUUGUACGCCACAUUCCAAGGUACUGAGGGGUAUGUUCCUCCAGAAUACUACAUCAAGGGGUGCUAUCAAGUACAACCUGCUGCAGUUUGGAGUAUCGGAUGUCUGGCUUACACCCUCCUGAAAAUGAACCCUCCUUAUCUGAAGAAGGAGGAUAUUGUUGGAGGGAAGGUUGUUGAGUGGGACUUUACUGAAGAUUCCAGAGCUAGAGACUUUGUUGACCAGUGUUUGAAUUACAAUGUUAAUCACAGGAUUAACUUCAAUUCUCUCGCUAGACAUUCCUGGUUUAAAAAUUAGAUUUUUUUAAAUCAUUCAAAUAUGGAAACUUUAAUGAACUACAUGCUUCAUUUUCGGAGU